CUCAAUAUUAAGGACAAAGCUUAAUGUUCCAACGUUUCCUUAACAGCUGUGUUGUUAAGCUGUGGCGCCACAUACAAAGCUUACAGAGGAGAAAAAACGUCUUUAAGCGUUUUAUAUCGUUAUUAACAGAAAUGGAGUGUAAUGAGACUAAUACUCCUAAUUUAGUGUUACAAUGUAUUAGAGAAUUAGAUUUAAGAAAACUACAGAAGACCCUAGAGAGUGAGCCGAUUGUGGAUUUAUUUAUUGGGAAGGAUGGUUCAACGGCACUACACUUAGCUUCCUCAUUAUCUGACGAGGCUGACUGCCUGACUGUGGCAGAGGUUCUCCUUGCUCAUGGCGCUAACCCCAAUAUUCCAAACAAGAAAGGAAAGACGAGUGUACAUAUUGCCGCAUCAAUGGGCUACAACCGCUUGUUGGAUCUCCUCCUGGUGAAUGGUGGUGACCCUCUGCUGGGUGACAAGAUAGGACAGUCAUCUGUGGACUAUGCUCAUCAUCACCACCAGCUGGAAGUUGUUAAGCAGCUCAACAAACUCCUGGACACUGAGAAUUAUGGUGGAGCACAAGAAGACUCUCAGAGGAUUAUUUUCUCUUUCUUGAGACGUGAGGUUGUUGAGCUGAUGGGGUUUUGUGCAAGUGUUGAUGAAGAGUCUGAUGACCUCUACUAUAGCUGUGAUUCUGACGUUCACAGCAAGGAAGGAAUUGAAUGUCUCCCUUCAUCACCAAACAAAGUAAAUCAAAGAGUGAAGAAUGACAGGAAUAACGUCUCCCAAGGUGAAUCAUUGUCUCGGGAAUUUGUCAACUUCAAACAGACUAAAGAGAGUAAAAUAACGGAGGCAGCCAGAGUCCCUCACUGCCAACAGUCAUGUGUGAAGGACAUACCAUCCUGGAUUAGAAAUAAUGAUUUUCUCAGACAAUUAAAACAAGAGGUUGAGAAGUGUCAGACAGACAGCGACAGUGAUCAUGACUUGAGGUCCUUACGCACUUAUAUGGGGAAAAGGUUGAAACAUGGUAAUGUAUCAUUUCAUGAACCUCUUGACUCUUUGGAGGAAGGGAUGGAGUCUCAAAGUGACUCCCUUGAUGAGUUUGAUAUUGCUCAGCUGACAAUUGAUAUAUCUUUCAGUACAGGCAGUGAAGAUGAAACUAAUUGUUUUAAUGGAACUUACAUUCCACGAAGUGCUAAAAACUUGUUUUCUUCUGAUAGAUACAUAUCAGAUUCACUGCAAGACAGUGAUGAAGAAACAUUAAUAUCUGGUAAUGAGUUUGACUGUACACCAACAUAUGUAAUGGUACAACCAACCCAUAAUACAUUUAAACACCCAGAAAAGAACAGUCACACAAUAUCUAGUCAGUCUUCCUCCAGUACACGAGAAGUGGAACACAAGUUUGAUGGGGGAGAAUUUGCUGAUGUCACAGCACCUGAGAACAGUAUUAAACCAGAUGCUUCUACGACACUGAACCUCUUAAAAGCACCCAGAAAAAGGCGACCUUACAUUUCAAAGAACAAAGAAAGGGUUUUCAAGUGCAAAAACAAAUUUCCUAGAUAUCAUGAGAUGUUACAUGCAGCACCAGUAUCAUCUAUGGAUAAAAACGACAAAGUGUUCAAACCAGCUGAUGGAAGAUUGACUGUGGGACACCAAGUUUUUCCUGCCCAGGUCACACCUCAGUCAUCACUCAAGUCCUCUGCCACUAAGACUACAUGCUCUAGUCACAGUUCAUGCCAGUCAUUAAUCAGUAUUGUUGAAGAAUUUUUAUAUGAGGACUCUGAGGCAGGAGUUAAACUUAUUGAGAGACGCUGCCCUACAACAGCAACAGUGUCCAGCAUCAUCAGUGGAGGGAGCAAAGCCUCAACACUCACCACACACACCGUUCCUCAAGCUCCGGACUCAAAGUAUCCGUUCAAUGAUGAAAGCCAAGACUCUGUAGGCCCACUGACAGAAAGUGUGAAGGCCAUGGAUGCUGAGGAUCUGUGUGCACGCUUCAGGAACCUUGGUUAUGUGCCAGGUCCUAUCACCCCUUUUACCCAGAGGAUCUACCAAAGGCAUCUUCUCAGGCUCAGAAAGAAUCCUCAUCUUCUACAACAAAGUGAUCACACAUUAACCCCCAAGUAUCCUCGUGAGCUUCGAGCAGCGUUAAAAAAUCCCCCGUCAGGAAACUGUGAAUCUUGGGCAUCAUUGGAGAGGGUUAUGAGUGCCCCAUUCUGCCAACCUGACCCAACACGACACUGGAGAAAUGGUACCAACAAAACCUGUUUCAACUAUCUGCUGUUAGACCCAAGGAUUACCCAAGAUCUGCCACUCAGAGGAUCUGUGAUGGAUGAAGUAGAAAGGCUACGUUGUUUUAUUGCAGCAAUUUUUUACAUAGGGAAAGGUUCUAGAGGUCGGCCGUACUCUCAUCUCUAUGAGGCCAUGAAGAAGCAGGAUGAUGGUAAGCAGCAAAGUGAAAAGAUUGACAGGAUUCGUGACAUCUGGGCAGAGGGUGUGGGUGUGGUGUCACUGCAUGUCUUCCAGAACACCAUUGCUGUGGAGGCAUGGACAAGAGAGGCUGCUAUGAUCUCUGCUAUAGGACUUGAAAAUCUAUGCAAUACCAUCCAGGGGACAUUUUAUGGGUUACCAAGCACAUGGCGCUUAGCUGAAAGGCGCCAACUUGGGACUCACCUCCUCCGCCGAACACUCAAUAUCUUCAUGCAAGAGGGAGAACGACAGUUGAGGCCUACUGAUUUGCCCCUUCCAACAUGGAUGAAAUGAUGUUAGCAUUAACAGAUGUUCCUCCACAUGUAUGGAGUUGUGGCCUUUAUGUCUGCUAGCAGUAGAAAGAAUGGUUUAAAAAUAAUUUUAAUUCAAGAGGACUCUUUCCUCUAUAAUUUUAGAAGGUUAAUUUUAUCUAUUACUGUACAGGUAGUACCAAGUAUGUAAAGAUAGAUAUGAGAACCUCCAAAGCUCCAUGACAAAUAUGAUCUUAGUUUGAUGAAUAAUUUUAUAUUUUUUAGAUGAUUACUAUGACCAAAACAUGAAUUGGUGUAGCUGUAGCAUAUUAACCAGGCUUAAUGGUUUGGGUAUACAGCACAGUAUCAUAAUACAGUACAGUAUACACAUAUAAGACCUGUAUAAUAGAUUAGGUCAUGUCAGUGAGCUCUUUGACUUUACUAUUGCUGAAGUACUACUGUACAGGGAUUGAGAACAAAAUAUGUAUGAAGGUGUUAGAGUUUUAUUAUAUCUCUUCUCUAUUUUAUGUUACACAACUUAGUCUUGUAUUUAGAUGUUUUUCUACAAGAGAAAGUAUUAUAUUUGAAAGAUAUAUAUAUAUAUAUAUAUAUAUAAUAAUAUAUUUGAGAUGUACUAUACCUGAAAAUUUUUAAGCUAUAUAAAAUGAAUUUUUAUACAGUAGACCCUCGCCAAUGAUGGAUUUCCCAUCUGUGGAUACCAGACAUCUAUGGUUUUUACUUUGUAUACCAUUUCACCAACCUCGACAUUGAAUUCCGAGUAUCCGUGGAUUAAUGUGGCAUCUUUAUCCCUCCGCGGUCUAAAAUGUGAGGAAUGAAUAAAAAUAAAAAAAAUACUGCAUUGCCAUUUGGCAAUUGUUUCACCAAAGAGACAGGAGCACACCCCCCCCCCCACAAACAUGGGUUACCGGGUAACUCUUGCGCCUGUAAGAAAUGUUUACAGUAUUCUCUUUAUGUUUUUGAUCUUAUGUAAGAAUUUUUUCUCAUUCUCUAUGAAUGAUUAUGUGUGCAUGUAAUAGAAAAAAAUAACAUCCAGUAAAACCUUGAUUAACCACCCACAUAUGGGGGGAAGGGACCGACGGAUAAUC